UGAAACUCAACUCUGACCCAAACGCUCCCUCCACUGUAAUUCCAAUGGAACCCCCCGCAGGCGGUUCCACCUCCACUACGAACAUUCCCGCCAACGCAAUAACCCCCUCCUCGGCGGAAGAUGCACCACCGCCCACCGCCACCGCGGCGCACCGUAUUUCCGCAACUUCGCGGCGCUUCCACAAUCUACUGGACAGGACGACGCCGUACGUGCUCUACCGGUGGAUCGCGCUCCUCUGCAUCGCGCUCACGUACGUGGUUCGCAUUUACCUAGUUAGGGGUUUCUGCAUGAUUACUUUCUUCCUCGGCGUCUACCUGCUCGUCCUCUUCGUCCUCUUCAUCUCGCCGCGCGAAGCGCCGGAGCUCUCCGAUGCCCCGACCCUCCCCGUUCGGAGCUCCGACGAGUUCCGCCCCUUCGUCCGCCGUCUCCCUGAGUUCCAAUUCUGGCUCGCGACCACAACUGCGUUGUGCAUUGCUACACUAUUGACAUGCUUCAGAAUAUUCAAUGCACCUGUUUUGUGGCCAAUUCUACUUGUAUACUGGAUUUUCUUGUGCACUCUAACUCUGAGGAAGCAAAUUCAACGCAUGAUCAAAUAUAAUUACGUUCCAUUUACCUUUGGGAAGAAGCGGUACGAUCGAAACAGAGAAUCUUCUGGGGAGGUGAGAGGAAGAGAAAGCUUGCUUCCUUAGUCUGAAGUUUAGAGCUGCUGAGUUUGGAGAUUCCUCGUUUGGCUUCGUAGCGUAUCGAACAAAUAUCAGACACCUACUAGGAUUUUUUUUCUUUUUCAAAAGGUAUAUGACAUAUGCUAAGAGCGAGAAUGAACGUGAAACGGUGAAAAUUGGAAUUUAAGAGCAUUAUAUAUAUAUUAUAUACUCUCUAAUUU